AUGGUUCUUGCUGCUCGAUGUGGGCAGGCAGCCGCCCUGCUGCGCCAGCGCUGCAUUGCUGAAACCCGCCCGGCACUCUCUCUGCGCGCAUUCUCAUCUCAGUCCGUCCGUUCGACGACCUCGACUCUACGCCUGCAAAAGAUCCCCACGGCUCGGUCACAGCAGCUCCGUUCUUUCUCCAGCACCUUGAGCCGCCUGUCUGCUCAGAAGCCCCCUGCUGCCGAGUCUUACCUCGCUAGCGGUGCGGUGUCGACUGGUACCAAGCUCGUCGAUGUCAAGAAGGUCCUCGUCAUUGGUAGUGGUGGUCUGAGCAUUGGACAGGCUGGAGAAUUCGAUUAUUCCGGCUCUCAAGCUCUUAAAGCCCUCAAGGAAGCCAACAUCCACUCAAUCCUGGUCAACCCCAACAUUGCGACCAUCCAGACCGACCACAAGCUUGCGGACGAAGUCUACUACCUUCCUGUCACCCCGAAUAUGUCACCCAUGUCAUUGAGCGCGAGCGCCCCGAUGAUGAACCGCAUGGGCACCUUCGAACGUUACGGUGUCAAGGUUCUUGGCACCCCCAUCAAGACCCUGGAGACCAGUGAGGACCGUGACCUCUUCGCCCAGGCCUUGAACGAGAUUGAUAUUCCUAUUGCUGAAUCGACUGCCGUUGAGACUGUCGAGGAUGCUCUUAAGGCUGCCGAGGAGGUUGGCUACCCUAUCAUCGUCCGCUCCGUGACUUGUCCUCGCGCUCUCUAUCCCUCUCCCCCCCAGAUUUUGGUCGAGAAGUCCCUCAAGGGCUGGAAGGAGGUUGAGUACGAGGUUGUCCGUGAUGCUGACAACAACUGUAUUACCGUUUGCAACAUGGAGAACUUCGACCCUCUCGGAAUUCACACCGGUGACAGUAUCGUUGUUGCUCCUAGUCAGACUCUGUCUGAUGAGGAGUACCACAUGCUCCGCACUGCUGCCAUUAAGAUUGUCCGUCACUUGGGCGUCGUUGGCGAGUGCAAUGUUCAGUACGCUCUCCAGCCCGAUGGACUCGACUACCGCGUCAUUGAGGUCAACGCUCGUCUCUCGCGUUCGUCCGCUCUGGCUUCCAAGGCCACCGGUUACCCGCUUGCUUACACCGCGGCUAAGAUUGGUCUGGGACACACUCUCCCCGAGCUCCCUAACGCCGUUACCAAGACCACCACCGCCAACUUCGAGCCCAGUCUGGACUACAUUGUCACCAAGAUUCCCCGCUGGGAUUUGAGCAAGUUCCAGCACGUCAACCGCGACAUUGGCUCCGCCAUGAAGUCAGUUGGUGAGGUUAUGGCCAUUGGUCGUACCUGGGAGGAGUCCCUCCAGAAGGCCAUCCGUCAAGUUGACCCUAAAUACCUUGGACUCCAGGGUGAUAAGUUCGAUGACCUCGAUGAGACUCUCCGCAACCCCACUGAUCGCCGCUGGUUGGCUGUUGGACAGGCUAUGCUCCACGAGAACUACUCGGUUGACAAGGUCCACGAACUGACAAAGAUCGACAAGUGGUUCUUGUACAAGAUCCAGAACAUCGUGGAUUGCAACAACGAACUUAAGGAGAUCGGCAGCCUCUUCGGCCUCAAGCAGGAGAUCCUGAUGAAGGCUAAGAAGCUCGGUUUCUCUGAUAAGCAGAUCUCUCUCCUCGUUGGAUCUACCGAGGAUGAUGUCCGCGCCCGCCGUAAGUCCUUCGGUAUCACUCCUUGGGUUAAGAAGAUCGACACCCUUGCUGCCGAGUUCCCUGCCGACACCAACUACCUCUACACCACCUACAACGCCUCCUCCCACGAUGUUACCUUCGAUGACCACGGAACUAUCAUUCUGGGCAGCGGUGUGUACCGUAUUGGUAGCUCCGUUGAGUUCGAUUGGUGCGCUGUUAACGCCACUCUCUCCCUCCGCGAGAUGGGCAAGAAGACCGUUAUGAUCAACUACAACCCCGAGACCUACUCCACUGACUUCGAUACCGCUGACAAGCUGUACUUCGAGGAACUCAGCUACGAGCGUGUCAUGGAUAUCUACGAGCUCGAGGCCGCUAGCGGUGUCGUUGUCUCUGUCGGUGGUCAGCUGCCCCAGAACAUUGCCCUCCGUCUGCAAGAGAGCGGUGGUGCUACUAUUCUGGGUACCGACCCUCUGGACAUUGACAAGGCCGAGGACCGUCACAAGUUCUCCUCUAUCCUCGAUAGCAUUGGUGUCGACCAGCCUGCCUGGAAGGAACUGACCUCCGUCGCUGAUGCCGAGGCCUUCGCCGACGCUGUUGGUUACCCCGUCUUGGUUCGUCCCAGUUAUGUCCUGUCCGGUGCCGCUAUGAACGUCAUCUACGGCGUCGAUGAGCUCAAGGAGAAGCUCCUGAACGCCUCUGCCGUUUCCCCCGACCACCCCGUCGUCAUCACUAAGUUCAUCGAGGGUGCCGAGGAGAUCGAUGUGGAUGCCGUCGCUUCCAACGGUAAGCUGCUUGUCCACGCCGUUUCCGAGCACGUCGAGCCCGCUGGUGUUCACUCCGGUGAUGCCACCCUCGAGAUUGCCGAGAAGGUCGCCAAGGCCUGGAACAUUACUGGUCCCUUCAACAUGCAGAUCAUCAAGGCCGACCAGGAGGGUGCCGAGCCCGCUCUCAAGGUUAUUGAGUGCAACCUCCGUGCCUCCCGCUCCUUCCCCUUCGUCAGCAAGGUCCUGGGUACCAACUUCAUCGACGUCGCCACCAAGGCACUCGUCGGCCGUGAUGUCCCUGAGCCCGUCGAUCUCAUGAAGGUGGAGCGUGACUACCUCGCCACCAAGGUUCCCCAGUUCUCCUGGACCCGUCUGGCUGGUGCCGACCCCUUCCUGGGCGUCGAGAUGUCCUCCACUGGUGAGAUUGCUUGCUUCGGUAAGAAUCUGGUCGAGGCCUACUGGGCUUCCCUCCAGUCCACCAUGAACUUCCGCAUGCCUGAGCCCGGUGAGGGUAUCUUGCUCGGCGGUGAUGUCUCCCAGCCCUACCUGGCCAAGAUUGUCGACUACCUGAACCCUCUUGGUUACAAGUUCUUUGCCGUCAACCCCGCUGUCAAGGCCCACAUCGAGUCCACCGCCAAGGACAACGUCUCCGUGCAGCUGAUUGAGUUCCCCAAGAAGGACAAGCGUGCUCUCCGUGAGGUGUUCCAGAAGUACGACAUCCGUGGCUGCUUCAACCUUGCCAAGACCCGUGGCAAGACUCAGCUUGAUGAGGACUAUGUCAUGCGUCGCAAUGCUGUCGAUUUCAGCGUUCCUCUCUUCAUGGAGCCUAAGACUGCCCAGCUCUUCGCUCAGUGCAUGAACGAGAAGCUGCCCCGUGGUGAUGGAAUCCCCUCCGAGGUCCGCACCUGGUCCAACUUCGUCGGCGGCAAGGCGCUGUAA